GGACAGGUGAGUUUGGAGGCUCUCAGGUAACCUUUCCGCGGCGAGUCGCUGCUGGGCGGCCCGGCUGAGCGUGCACCGGUGUGGGAGGACAGAAAGAGGCUGCCAGGCGGAGGAAACACGGAGGCACUUCAGCAGUGAGCAGAGAGUCCUGGUCUCCAUGUCUUCAGGAGCAGCUGGUUCCGUCUCCAGGUUCGACCGGGUCAGGGAGUUCCCAAUCUAUGACCAGGUCCCUGCGGGCUCCCUGGGGCGGGGCUCGGACUUCUUCCCGCCUCCACCCCCACCCAACCUGCAGGGGACGGUGCCGGCAGUCAGCCUGGACCCCCUCCCUCCACCCCCUCUGCCCGAGCAUCCGGCUGUUGGGCCAGAGUCCUUCUACCCCCCCAGUGACGAUGAGCCGGUGGAACCCGACACUGAUGCCAUGGACAUCAAACCGGUCCGCCGCUUUAUCCCAGACUCAGUCAAGAACUUUUUCCGUGGCAACAGCGGCAACCGUGGCAGCAACGGUUGGUCCGCUCCUUCUUCUCAGUCCCCCGCUCCCUCGUCCACGAAGGGCGCCACCACAGGAGGAAUCCCCUGCUCCCCGCCUCACUCGGCCCCCCCGUCCCCGUCCCUUCCUGGGUCGUAUCGGGACCCUUAUGGAGGCUCUGGGGGCAGCUACACAUCCCAAAAGGAGAGAGACGCUCUGCUGCUGGGCGCCGAAGCCCUGGACUCCGCCUCUGCUGUGCCCACCAACCUGUCGGCGCAGACGUACCAGGAGAAGGUGGAGGAGUACCACCAGCGCUACGCCUACAUGAAGUCGUGGGCGGGGCUUCUGAGGAUCCUGGGCGGUGUGCAGCUGCUGCUUGGCGGCGCCGUGUUUGCCUGCGUCUGUGCUUACGUCCACAAGGACAAUGAGUGGUUCAACAUGUAUGGGUACUCCCAGCCGCAGCUGUAUGGAGGACUGGGCGGGGGCGUGGGCGGGUAUGGGGGCAGUUACUACUCCGGCCCCAAGACGCCCUUCGUGCUGGUGGUGGCCGGCGUGGCGUGGAUAGUGACCGUCAUUCUGGUGGUUCUUGGCAUGACCCUCUACUACAGAGCCAUCCUCCUGGACUCGUCCUGGUGGCCCCUCACCGAGUGCUGCAUCAACCUGGUGCUGGCUGUGCUGUACCUGUCAGCGGGGGUGGUCUACGUCAGGGACACCAAUCGGGGGGGCCUCUGUAACACGCCAGUCUUCAAUAACGGGGUGAACGGAGCCUUCUGUCGCACCGAAGCUGGCCAGACGGCGGCCAUCGUCUUCAUCUUCAUCAACAUGGUGCUGUACUUCAUCAGCGCCGCAGUCUGCUUGAAGCUGUGGAGGCACGAGGCGGCUCGGAUGAGGAGGGAGGGGCUCGCAUAUGAGAUGAAAACUGUUGAGUCAUCAGUCCCACUGUCCAUGUUGGGUCCAGCCUCCAGAACCUCUGACCCCACUCCGCCCCCCACCCUGCAGCCGGACAUCAUGGACGCCGCUGCCCACCGAGUCAACGCCACUAUGAUGACACCGGAGCCAGAGAUACUGCGAGGUCACAUCCCGGCCGGACACAUCCCCAAACCUGUCAUCAUCGCCGACUACGUGGCAAAGUACCCCAGCAUCCGCACAGAGGAGGAGAAGGACCGAUACAAGGCCGUGUUCAACGACCAGCACGCCGAAUACAAGGAGCUGCACGCUGAGGUUCAGGCCAUGGCCAAGAAGUUUGAGGAGAUGGACGAGAUGAUGAAGAACCUUCCCGCACGGCCUUCCAGUCAGAUGGAGAAAGAGCGGAUCAAUAACAUUUUGUUGGAAUAUCAGAGGAAGAAAGCUGACCCCACAUAUCUGGAGAAAAGGGAGAGGUGUGAGUAUCUGAAGAACAAACUGUCCCAUAUCAAGCAGAAGAUUCAGGAGUACAACAACAGCACCAACUGGAAUGACAGCUAAAGGCUAACAGCGAGCAGCUCGCCCUGCGUGUAGGAAACACGAGUCAAGUGUUUGGGUCAAAGAAUGGCGGUCAGGUCUGACUGUAAAUAUGUAAGCAACAGUAAUGUUUCAUGUACGUAGCGUGUGUGUAUGCAGACAACACCAUGUUGUUCGGCUGCCAUUGCUGGUGUUUACACUCGCUUCUUCAUGUAAAGAGUCUAAAACAGCUUUUCUUUAGUUUUUCUUUUUUUAAACAUGGCAAAAAAUGAACUUUGCCUGACAAUCUAAUGCACAUGUUUUAAAAAAUAAAGUACACACCCGCUUCUUCAGUGCACAGAUGUUUUGUACGAUGCAUGCAGGGUCACUAAAGCAAGAGUAAUUCUGAUUUUCAUGAUGCUUCAAUAUGUUUUCUAUAUCUGUAUAUAUUCAGUUCAAGGUUUUUUUUUUAAUUCCUGUGUGUUUUUAUUGACAUUGUCUGACUUUUACAUUUACUUUUUUGUGGAUUUUAUAGUUUGUUCUGUUUCAUGCCAAUGAAAAUCUUUUGUAGAAAAACUGAUGGUGUCCCUUGGAUUUUUGUUUGCUUUGGGUUUUGUUUUGAAUUGAGGGACAUUUUCAGGACAAUCUGAAGCAUGGUUGUGUGUUUAGGUGGUGUUUUGCAUGUAGCAGGUGGUGAAUGUUGUCUCUUCUUGUCUCCUCAUAUCCCACCUCAUUUCUGUCUUGUCUGCAUCCCAUUUCACAUCCUUUGUGGUCUUGUCCUUUUGUCUUUUCUCGUCUGAAUCACGUCACAGUCUUUGACCACAGUAUUUCUUGUACGGUGCUGUUUUCUUGUGUCACCGGUGCAAAUGUUUUCAGAGGUUCGUGUUUCUGUGAGUGCGAUGGCAGCUGUAACUGGAGUAGAGGCUGUGUUGAGGGUGUGGCUGCUCUCUCAGGUGUCUGCAGGUCCUGUUUUUGAGGGUCCUGGUGUGAACGGCAGGGACAGGGACUCUGUCAGCCUGGAGAUGGCCUGGAGCUCCCUCUGAGGCAACAUGUCGCCUCUCGGCUGGAUCUGUCAAAAUGGCUGCUGCAGCCUGGAGGACUGGUUUUGUCGGGUUGAGGUGUUUCUAUUGUCUGUUUGCGCGGUGUCAGGUUUUGUAACACUGAAGGUAUUUGUUUAGUUUUCCGCUCUGUGAUCUUACUCAGCAGGAAAACCGGAUAAACACGGAUUUAGUGCAGGAGCUUCAGAGCUAUUCUGCAGAUUUAAAAUAUGGUUCUCUUACUAAUGAGAAUUUUAGUUUGACACAGGUGAGAGAACUCUGAGGAAUGACACAUCCUCAGAUUUUACAUCAAAAACAUUAAAUUUAACCUGCGAAACAUCCAGUCAUCCAUAAAAGUGAAGCUAAAAUGGGAAAUGCAAAAUGAUGCAUAUUGCAUUUACAAAAAGCUAAAAAUGAAUAGAAAUAUGACAAGAAUCACCCAAAGUUAACCUAAAAUAUUACAAAGGAACUGAAAAACUUUGGAAAUGGGUUAUAAAAUGAUGCAAAGUGAAUAAAACAGCUCAUAUGGGCAUUCAUUUAAGAAACAAUCUAUAACCACAGUGAUCACGUUUAACCAUAAGUAAGAGAAGUAAAAAUGAUCAUAAUAAAGCACAUUGACCAGAAAGUCACCAAUGUUUAACAUGUAAAACUACAAAAUGAAAACAUUUCAGAUGCUUAUAAAACUGUGAUAAGGUGUUUUUUUAAGUCCCUCAGAUAAACAGUUUUUCCCUCUUCAUCUGCUAUCAUGUAAGCUGUGUUAAUGGUUUUCAUAAAUUAUAUAUAAUUAAAAAUCUCGAGAAAAUGUUCAGAAUUAUCAUUUCUGUUGUGUAAUAGAUCAACUCAAAAAUACGUUGUCGUUUCUUACUUAAAGUGGAAUAAAAAAAUUUCUCACAAUUAUCGUAAAAUUAUCGUCAAAAAUAAGAUUUUUUUUUUCCUGCUUUUUUGGGGGUGUUGAAUAUUUUGAAUAAGACUCAGCAAAACGAUCACAUCCUCAACAGUUAUCAGGAUUUUAACUCUUUCGAUGCCAGUUUGAUGACAUGAUGCUGAUGUAUCAGUAAAUAAUAAAUGCUGAUUUUUGAUUGAAAGAGCUUUGGAAGUUUGGAAAUUUGAUUUUCAUUAAAUCUGACA